CUGAAAAAGGUCAGUAUCUUGUCGUUUCUGUAGUGCCUAUUUUUCUAAGUGUUGACCCAUUUCUGGUACAUAUCAAAACAUGUAGCAUAUCUGGAGAUAUCUGAGCACAAGAUACUGGCACAGGCCAUAUAGUGUGUCCGGAUACUAGUUGUAUCUUAUUUGGGUCAUAUACAAGUUUGGAAAUUGACCUGGAGUCAUAUCUGGUAAUAUCUGGUGUCAAUAUACUGAAAAAGGUCAGAAUCUUGUCAUUUCUGUAGUGCCUAUUUUUCUAAGUGUUUACCCAUUUCUGAUGCAUAUCCUGAGUGAUGACCAUGUGCCAUAUCUUGGGAUAUGUGGGGGAUAUAUGGGGGUUGGGUAAAGGGUGGGUUGAGUUUUCACUUGAGCCUUUGCGUUUCUGUUUUUAAUUGUAAAGUGUUUCAGCUACUUAUAAAUGAGAUGCACUUUUUUAUAAAUAUCUUUAGGGGAUACUUCCUUAAAUAUCAGAAGAAUCCCGACCAUUUCUGGUACAUAUUAAAACAUGUAGCAUAUCUGGAGAUAUCUGGACAUAAGAUACUGGCACAGGACAUAUAGUGUGUCCGGAUACUAGUUGUAUCUUAUUUGGGUCAUAUACAAGUUUGGAAACUGACCUGGAGUCAUAUCUGGUAAUAUCUGGUGUCAAUAUACUGAAAAAGGUCAGAGUCAUUUCUGUAGUUCCUAUUUUUCUAAGUGUUUACCCAUUUCUGAUGCAUAUCCUGAGUGAUGACCAUGUGCCAUAUCUUGGGAUAUGUGGGGGAUAUAUGGGGGUUGGGUAAAGGGUGGGUUGAGUUUUCACUUGAGCUUUUGCGUUUCUGUUUUUAAUUGUAAAGUGUUUCAGCUACUUAUGAGAAGCACUUUUUUAUAAAUAUCUUUUGGGGAUACUUCCUUAAAUAUCAGAAGAAUCCCGACCAUUUCUGGUACAUAUCAAAACAUGUAGCAUAUCUGGAGAUAUCUGGACAUAAGAUACUGGCACAGGCCAUAUAGUGUGUCCGGAUACUAGUUGUAUCUUAUUUGGGUCAUAUACAAGUUUGGAAACUGACCUGGAGUCAUAUCUGGUAAUAUCUGGUGUCAAUAUACUGAAAAAGGUCAGAGUCAUUUCUGUAGUUCCUAUUUUUCUAAGUGUUUACCCAUUUCUGAUGCAUAUCCUGAGUGAUGACCAUGUGCCAUAUCUUGGGAUAUGUGGGGGAUAUAUGGGGGUUGGGUAAAGGGUGGGUUGAGUUUUCACUUGAGCUUUUGCGUUUCUGUUUUUAAUUGUAAAGUGUUUCAGCUACUUAUGAGAAGCACUUUUUUAUAAAUAUCUUUUGGGGAUACUUCCUUAAAUAUCAGAAGAAUCCCGACCAUUUCUGGUACAUAUUAAAACAUGUAGCAUAUCUGGAGAUAUCUGGACAUAAGAUACUGGCACAGGACAUAUAGUGUGUCCGGAUACUAGUUGUAUCUUAUUUGGGUCAUAUACAAGUUUGGAAAUUGACCUGGAGUCAUAUCUGGUAAUAUCUGGUGUCAAUAUACUGAAAAAGGUCAGAGUCAUUUCUGUAGUGCCUAUUUUUCUAAGUGUUUACCCAUUUCUGAUGCAUAUCCUGAGUGAUGACCAUGUGCCAUAUCUUGGGAUAUGUGGGGGAUAUAUGGGGGUUGGGUAAAGGGUGGGUUUGGUUUUUAUUUGAGCUUUUACGUUUCUGUUUUCUGGAUUUCCUAGCGCUUGUGGAGACCGGCUCCUGCUUGCAACAGCUCCUGCGCUCUUAUCGCUAUCUUCUAUUUUUCUGACUUUUUUCCCCCUUCUUUACUUAACUUUUUUUGUAAAUAUAGCUUCAGUGUGUAGCACUGCAACAAACUGCUGUCUUUUUCAGCAUUUUUGAAGACUUUUUCACAAUCCACCGUAACCAUGCACGAAGCAGACCGCGUGCGCUUUGUUUACGGCCGGGAUCAUCUGAUCACGCUGCGCCCCACAGUGGUGCCCCAGUGACAAACAUCAGAUCCCGCCGGAAGUCCUACGGGAGUGCCGCCGGGGAAACCGUGCUGGGAAGAAACGCCAUGGAAAGAAGAGGUGCUUUAGACCAACUCUAGUCUAGUCAACUUUAGUCUGUGACCCACAUGGGGAGGACAUCAACGCCAUAACAGACUGUGUAACGGACUACAUGAAUUUCUGCUUUGAGAACACUGUUCCUUCCAAGGUGGUACGGUGCUUCCCUAACAACAAACCAUGGAUCAACCGUGACAUCAAGGCUCUCCUGAAGGCGAAGAAGAAGGCCUUCAGGUCAGGGAACAAGGAGGAACUGAGGAGCGUGCAGAAGGAACUAAGGAGGAAAACCAGGAAGGGAUAGGCUGGCUACAGGAAGAAGAUGGAGGAACAGCUGCAGCAGCAGAACAUCAGUGAGGUGUAGAGAAGCCUGAAAACCAUCUCUGGUUACAACACCCCCCAUUCACAGGUUGGGGGUGAUCAGAACUGGGUCAACGACCUGAACCUACAUUUCAAUAGGUUUGACGUGCCCCCUCCCCCCUGCAGCCACAUCUAACCACUCAACCACUUCACACCUUCAUGGAGUCUCCCAGCCCCCAUCCCCACCCCUGUCCUUCACAGCGAACCAAGUGAGAAAUGAGCUGAGGAAGACAAAGGCUCAGAAAUCUGCUGGGCCUGAUGGGAUCAGCUCCAGGCUCCUUAAAUCCUGCGCAGAUGAACUGUGUGGAGUUAUGGAGCACGUCUUCAACCUGAGCCUCAAGCUUGGGGUUGUACCACAGUUCUGGAAGACCUCCUGUGUGUUACUAGACUGCGUUCCCCGCACACCCUGCAACGAGCGAGGCCAACAUCGCAGAGUGCGCCGAGAGUCUCCGAGGACACCAACAACACGGGAGAUGGGGGCAGUGACCCGCACUGAUA